ACGCAUUCGUCGCUCGGACGCCGGGAAACCACGAGCCGUUUUCCUCCGCGCCGCGCCGAACUUUUCGGACGCAUUCGAUUUUUAAACUUACCGGACUUUUAAAAUAAGAGUUCGAUUUUUAAACUGUGAAGUGAGUGAUGUUUGUGAAUCGGUUGUGAUUGUUUUUUUUUUAUUGACAUUUAGUGACCAUCAAUCAAGCUCGGACAAUUGAAGCGGACUGCGAACAGCACUUAACAUGUCCGACUAGACCAUUCAGACAUCCGAAGGAUGACAAGAGUAGAGUGAACUUAACAAGAAGGACACUACGCUGUUACCGAUGAACGACCUAAACUACAACGCCGGGAUGAGUUCCUACCAGUUCGUGAACUCCCUAGCCUCGUGCUACGGGAACCAGGCGCCGGGGCGCACGGGCACGCCGGUGGACCAGCCCGGGCACCCGGGCCUGCCGACCCCGGGAGCGGAUUACUACAAUCCAACCGCGGCGGCCUCAGCCUACCCGAACGCCUGCUACUCUCCUCCACAAGUCGGCCACCACUACCCUCAACACCCGUACGCCGCGCCGGCCGCGGGCGCGCACAUGCAGCCACAGACCAUGAUAGACUACACGCAACUACAUCCACAAAGACUUGGAAACACAGCCAGUCAUAUGCAUCAGCAUUCAAACCCGAGCCCUGGGGCACUGUCACCGAAUUUGAUAUCCAAUCCUCCCAGCCAAGCGGGCGGUGCUAGUUGUAAAUUCGCUGAUACCACGUCCACUACAGGCGUCGCAUCGCCACAAGAUCUCUCCACAUCAUCAGGCCCCGGCAGAACUUCGCCCGGCUUUAGCGUACAGGGUGGAACUGGGUCUAAGCUGGGUCUGACGACACCCAUCGCUUCUCCAGUGGAACACAAAGCGAACGUGAACCAGAACAUUUCGAGUCCGGCUUCCAGUACGUCCAGCAACGAAAGCAAUGAGGCUAACAACUCUAGUUCUAAUAAUACGAAGAAUUCUAAAUCUGCCAACGCGUCGGCGAAUCCUCCACAAAUUUAUCCUUGGAUGAAACGGGUGCAUCUAGGACAAAGUACGGUGAAUGCCAACGGCGAGACGAAACGUCAGAGGACGUCGUACACGCGGUAUCAGACGCUAGAGCUGGAGAAGGAGUUCCACUUCAACCGGUACCUGACGCGGAGGAGACGGAUCGAGAUCGCGCACGCGCUCUGCCUCACGGAGCGCCAGAUCAAGAUCUGGUUCCAGAACCGGCGAAUGAAGUGGAAGAAGGAGCACAAGAUGGCGUCCAUGAACAUAGUGCCGUACCAUAUGAAUCCCUACGGCCACCCCUACCAGUUCGACCUUCACCCGAGUCAGUUUGCGCAUCUCUCCGCAUAGGAUCAGUGGAAUUUUUCGAACAGCGGAUAACUGAUUUAUUAAGGUAAACAGUCGGCCGUGGUACCGCGGGGUUGCUUGUAGCAUCGAGAGGCCGCCGGCGUCUGAGAUGCUACAGCGACCAGACUGGGUCAGUUAUUCGCUGCUCGAAAAAUUUCCACCUGAUAGCCUAAUUUUGUUAAAUUGUUGAUUGUGACGUUAUAAGUGACGCUAAAAAGUGGUGUGUGUUUCAAGAUACGUUAAGAAGGAUUGCAGUGAUAAAAUUAUGUGCAUACAAAGAUCUUUAAGUGUAGAACUACCUAAAUAAUUCGAUUGAUCGACGGAUAUCAUAAGUACCUGGCAGACGUAAAUAUUUACCUGCUAGUUUAUUUUAUUUGUAUUGAACU